CUGGGAUUUGAUCCAUUUUUCUUCCAAGUAAAACCCUAAAAUCCCAAAUCGAACCCCUUGCGUGUUAAUUCUUCGUAACUUUUCGUAUUAAAACCAAAUUGAUCUUAACUGGCAUUCUGCUUCAGCUACAAUUACAUAGAUUUGAAUAAAAAUGGAGUGCGUGGUUCAGGGAAUUAUAGAGACCAAGCACGUCGAGGCCCUGGAGAUUCUUCUUCAAGGGCUCUGUGGGGUUCAUCGUGAGAGCCUGAGGAUUCAUGAAUUGUGUCUUAAAAGUGUUCCAAACCUUGGAUUAGUCUCUUCUGAACUCCGACUUCUCUGUGAUCUCGAGCAGCCUGAACCCACUUGGACCGUUCGCCACAUAGGUGGUGCCAUGAGGGGUGCAGGGGCCGAGCAAAUUUCGGUUCUGGUGAGGACUAUGGCUGAAAGCAAGGUCAGCAAAAACGCGCUCCGUUUGUUUUAUGCGCUCGGUUACAAAUUGGACCAUGAGCUGUUGAGAGUGGGGUUCGCCUUCCAUUUCUACAGAGGGGCCCACAUAACAGUGACCGUGUCUUCUGUCAAUAAAAUGCUGAAACUUCACGCAACCGACGAGGCUGUGCCGGUGACUCCUGGCAUACAGCUGGUCGAGGUGACAGCUCCGGCCUCGUCUGAGAAUUACACCGAGGUUGCCUCGGCUGUUUCGUCUUUUUGUGAAUAUCUUGCGCCGUUACUCCAUUUAUCGAAACCUGGUGUCUCGACUGGAGUUGUCCCCACUGCCGCCGCAGCUGCAGCUUCUCUGAUGUCGGAUGGUGGAGGCACAUCACUUUAAUCGUGGAGUCGUGCAUAACUGAUUGUAUUAUGUGCUACUUUUUCAUAAUUUUUGUUUAUUUAUUAUUGUUUAUUGUGCGUGUUGUUGAGAAGAUGUUACAGCUUGAAUAGAGUUAUUGAAACGAGCAGACAGGGCACAAAAAAAAAGCCUAACAUUUUUCCUGGCCUAGGAAAAAACGAGACCAAGCCCUUUAGAAAUGGCCUUGUUAAACUAAAUAAAUGUGCUGUCUUUCGUCAAGUUCAUCCUUUGAAAACAUCUGGUUUGGAAUGCAUGUCAUGAACCGGAUUGCCGUUGUGAAUGGAGUUUCAUUGAUCAAGCAAGAACGUUCUUGAGAAUUUGGCGUCAGCCAAUCUUGGCUCCAAAUCCUUUAGGAAAAAUCUAGGCAACCCUUUUACAAAUUGUUAAUGUAUGUUGUUUCCA